GGGCAAGUUACGACACACGUGUGUUUUUUGUGCUGCAUACCAUAGGUUACAUAAGUGGUGUUUGUUAGCUAAGAAUAAUUAAAUGGAAUUAAAUAAUUAUAGAAAUGGUACAAACAACGACAGUUCCAGACGGUCGGUCGUUUUCCUCGGGAGUCCCCUGACUGACAUCACGGCCAACGUCGAUCGAGAAUUUUUACGAAAAUACAACCUCGAGCCUGAUAAUGCGUACGUCGUUGACGAAACGCGUCGCCCGAUUUUUGACGAAAUUGGCGAAACGGCAAUUCAAGUUGGCGGCAGUGUUACCAACACAGUCCGGAUGUUCGCCAAAUUGAGGGGAUUCCCCGAACUUGUGACCUAUUUAGGCUCAGUAGGCCUAGACGAAAAGGGCAAAUUUGUGAAAACCGAGCUGGAGAAAGAGGGCCUAGGGCGCGAUUUGACCGAAAUCGCCGAGGGAAGUACCGGAAAAGUGGCGGUUUUGGUUUGGGAGACUACCCGGACUUUGGUCACCGACUUGGGGGCUUCCCGGACUUUUUCGCUCGACGAGGACAAGUGGGACAAAAUCACCCGAUCAUCAUUUGUUUAUUUCUCCGGAUUUUUUAUCAGUGUUUCCUUCCCGUCCCUUGUCCGGAUUGUGGAACAAACGGACAAAACAAUUUGUUUCAACCUGGGGGCGCCUUUUUUGUGCUCGAAAUACCCCCAGGAAAUGACUUAUUUGUACAAAAAUGCGUCUCUCGUCGUUGGGAACGAAUCCGAGCAUCGCGCUUUCGCAAAGAUAAACAACCUGGAGUCACAUGAUCUGCUCGAGGUCGUUAUGGCAACAAACAAGUCGUUUCCCAAGUCACGUGUCGUUAUAGUAACCCGAGGGGGCGGAACCGUGGUCGUGGUAACCGCCAAUGGCUGGCAGGAAUUCGCCGUUGGGUCGCUAAGCGACGAAAAAAUCGUGGACACCAGUGGCGCCGGCGACGCGUUCAUUGGCGGGUUCCUGGCCGGUUGGGUUGACGACGCCACUGUUGCCGACUGUGCAAAAAGCGGAAUUUUGGCCGCGAGGCGUGUUAUUCAAACUGUGGGAUUUAACCUUUGACUUGAAAUAAAAUUUUGUCCCGGA